AUGUCCUCCUUUGUGAAAGUCACUCAGCUCCCACAGUACACCGCGGCACCGGCAGCUCACCAUCAGUCUCCCGUACCUGCUGGACUCAUUUUAGUCAUCCGUCUGAGGGAAAGGCAGUUCUUCCCCGUCUGCGGGGGCCUGUUCAGUCCCGAUCGCACGUGGUCUGGUCCAGAAGUGAAAAAGCCGCCUCAAAGUGCUGAUGCUGUGCAGUAG